AUGCUUGGAGUCGAUGAUGACGCAUUGGUAUACUACUUCUUCUUCUUCACUACCUUUCUUUCUUGUCUCAAGUCAUCAGAUGGUGGGAUCCAUGGCCUUGGUCCUUUCCUUGCCAAGGAGGCGCCAGGAUGUCUCAAGGAGCGUUCUCUUCAAGAUUUCCAAGGAAAGAAGCUCGCCAUAGACGCGAGCAUGGCGAUGUAUCAGUUUCUCAUUGCAGUUCGUUCAACUGGUGAGAAUGGUGUAGCUCAGCCUCUAACAUCAGCCAGCGGGGAAGAGACAAGUCAUCUUCAAGGAUUCUUCUGGAGAACCAUAGCCAUGGUCAAGGCAGGUAUCCGUCCUCUCUACGUGUUCGAUGGAAAGCCGCCAUCGUUGAAGUCCGGUGAAAUCGCAUCUCGAAACCUCCGGAGGGACGAGGGCGCCAAGAGGCUGCAAGAAGCCACUGAAGAAGGGAAUGUUGAGGAGAUGAACAAGUUUGCGAAACGAACAACUCGUGUCACCAAACAGCAUGCUGAAGAGUGUAAACGGCUCCUGAGACUGCUAGGAGUUCCGACGGUUGACGCACCUUCAGAAGCCGAAGCUCAAUGUGCAGCUCUGGCUAAGAAUGGGUUGGUCUAUGCAUCAGCGACUGAGGACAUGGAUGCGCUAUGCUGCGGCUCUCCGAUCCUCGUGCGAAGGCUCACCAUGUCGGAAGCGAGGAAAUUACCUGUUCUUGAGUAUCAUCUAGACCAGGUUCUCAGCAGUUUGGGCCUCAAUAUGACGCAAUUUGUAGAUUUUUGCAUCUUGUGCGGAUGUGACUUUUCUGAGACUAUCAAAGGGAUCGGGCCGAAGUCAGCCUUACACGGGAUACGCAAGCAUGGAAAUAUCGAGAGCUUCAUCGAGAGUUUGAACACGAGCAAGUUCGUGGUCCCUGACCCCUUCCCCAUCGAUGAGAUCCGACAGCUGCUGACUACACCUGAGGUAGUCGACAUGGGAAAUCUCAGCAUAGAUUGGAAUGCCGAACCCGACGAAGAGGGCUUGAUAGAGUUUCUUGUGAAGGAGAAAGGUUUCAGCGAGAAGAGAGUGAGAGGAGGGCUUGAAGCGAUCAAGAAAGCCAAGAUGGUGAAGCCCCAAGGCAAGCUCGAUAUGUUCUUCAGCCCCAAGAAGACUACACCUCAGGCUUCGACGCUGCUCAACUCGACCUUCGCUGCAACCAACGAGUCUCUGCCUGCAGAUCGAGAAGAUCUUAAGAGAGGCUUGUCAAGCACAUCAGCUGCAGACCAGAAACCAGCGAAGAGAAGCAGAGGGCGCAAGGCGUCAGCCAGCAAGUAA